CCAUGCAAGUCAUUGAACCUGAAGAUAUGUCGGUACAUCUCAUUGUCUCGUCAUCGCGCAUCGGCGCGUGGUUAUUUUAUUUUUAACGCAAUCAAUGAAUGCGACUUGAUCAACGUGACGGCAAUUGACAGGAACCAUUUCGUUCGCUCGUUGAAGCAAUGAAGCCGAUAAUUUAAUAUCCUUCUCACGAUUGUGCAUGAUGUUUUUUUUUUAUAUGCACAAUGUUAAUCUCGCGAAUACUAUGUCUGGAAGAUUCGAAGCUGUUUUGAUGAGGAGGAGCGUAUAAGCGGCACGUAGGAAGGAUGCCAAACUGCAUAAGUCUGAUCAGACUACUCAGACGACGUGUUGUUCUUGGAUUGAUCUUCGCCCUGUCAUUGACGUAUUGUGCCUUUUCGUUACUCCGAAAUGAUAAGAAAGGAUCGCCGUAUUUAGACAAUGAUAUCGAUAUGGAUCCCAUGAUGAUCAAUGAUAAUAAUGAAGAUUUGAUGGCCGAUGACAACACAUUUCUUGAAGGAUUAAAAGCAUCUGAUAAAUCUCUAUUAUGGCCAAUUGAAGUAUUUGAUCAAGCAGCUAAUGAUAAUGCAGGAAAUAUGGAUAUGUCUAAUUUAAAUGACAGUGAUGUGUCUGCAGAAUCUUGUCGUAAUUCUAUUCAAGGAAAAGGCUUGAUAGUUGAUGAUCGUGGUAUAGUAUGUUCAAGACAUGAUCUCCUUUCAAAUGGAUGUUGUAUAGUGGAACAGAGGCAGAUUUCUAAGAACGAAAAGUCUACGGUCAAAAAAGAGAGAUAUAGUUGUAAAACGUGCAAUCCUCAAGGGUGCUGUACUAUUUACGAAUAUUGUGUUUCCUGCUGCCUGCAUCCUGAUAAGCAAAUAAAAAGUCGAAAGGAUAUUCUAUUGGGCUCUGCAAAAGUGCAAAAGGACGUAGGGAUAGCACUUAUUCGUACAGAUCGUUUCCAGAUUUGCUUGGCUACUUGUCGCACCUCGAGCUCCAGUGUUCGACACGAAAAUACUUACAAGGAUCCCCUCGCAAAGCAUUGUUAUAUCUCGCAACGAUAUCAACGUAAUAUUAAUUCAUUAAAUAAUAACGGCGACAAUCCCGCCGUUGUCGUUACUUCUUUUUCUGUGGUGAUAUUACUUAUCUACCCGUUUCCCGAAUAUUACUCCCGUUUACUAAAUUCAAUAACAUUAUCUCGGCCUUAUGCUAAACUUAUCUAAUUAUUAUUUUAUCAAGAAAUAAUCAUUUUG